AUGCUGGCCUAUCGCCACGACGAGUCCACAGGGAGCUCGGAAUUCCUGGAAGAUGAGUCCAAAGCACAACUCUGGGCUCAGGUUCGCUUCAUUCUCGUAGAUGAUGCCUGGAAUGCAUCGAAUCCCAAUGGAGACGACCGGGUUACGGAGGAGGAGUUCGUAGGCUUUCUGCUGCAGGACCAGCUUUGCCGAGAAAAUCAGCCUUUGCAUGUUCGUAUCUUGAAAGGUGGCAUGGACAUGGGCCAUCAGGACUAUGGUCUCGAUGCCGUGAUGGGUGAGCUGAGCUGGAGGCACAUCGACGUCUUCUUUCAAGGCUACGUCCUGCUUGAGCGCUAUGUAGCCCUGGGGUUCGGAAGUGUGGAGGGUGUCUCGCUGGUCGGCUUCCGCGGAUUCCUGCAGUCACUCUUUGCCACGAAGGAGGCGGUUGAACGGGACUUAGUUAGCAACAUGGACUCCGACGGAAGUGGAAUAGUCACGAACGAGGAGUUCAAACGCUUCGUGACGCGGACCUUGGGCCUCACCGCUGAGAACGCAGACGACGUCUUGGCUUCUCUCUGCCAGGCUCCGAGCGUGCUGCGUCUGACGGAGCGCCAGCUGGAUGCCAUAACCUAUGACCUGACACUCCCCAGCCUGCGCAUCCUUCUGCGUGCGGAUCACCCGACAGUGGAGGACGUGUUGGCCUUUCUGGACACGAGUCAAGACGGCCAGAUCAGCCAACAGGAAUGGGCAGCGGGCCUGUUGAGGAAGCGGGUGACUUCGGCGAACGCACGGGACCUCUUCGAGGUUUUGGACCCUGGGCAACUAGGCUACCUCACGGUAGACACUCUGCGACUCAUUCGCGGCAACUUGGCUCUUUGCGAUUACCGCGAGUUGGUGAAGCCCGAGCUGGGCGAUCUCAACCAGACCCUCUGGGAUGCUGACACGGACGGGAACCUUCGGGUCACACCGGAGGAGUUCGUCCGACAGGCGAUGCCCUUCUGCCUGACAGAGGCCGAAGCUUUGGCCGUGCACGCGGAGAUGGACUUCCUGAGCCAAGGCUUCGUGGACCUAUUUCCCAUGUCGUCGGCCAGGAUGCCUUUUGUCCUCCAGCGCGGGUCACUGGCGAGCUACCGAAGCUGUCUGCAAGGUUACUUCGGCGAUGCGGCGGCAGCAGUCCAGGACCUGGCCGUGGCCGCUGCAGGGUUCCCGGCCUCGGCUCGCGCCCUGGCGCAGCAGGGCGCCAAGGCGGCGUGGCUGCUGCGAGCGACUUCGGAGCAACUUUUCGACCGCGCCGAUCCGCUGGCCUCGGGGCUCAUGUCGCGCGCGAGAUACCAGGGGCUCUUUGCGGGCACCAUGACGCUGGUCGGCUUCCGCCUGUUGCUGGCGGAGGUGGCGCCUGAUGGAAGCGCCGAGCUCAUCUCGCGAGCUGAUGUGGACAGGGGCGGCGGCAUCAACCUUGCAGAGUUCAUCGAGAUGGGCUUGCUGCUUCGCAUCGGAACCUCGAACUCUGAGGCUCUCUUCGGAUUGUUGAACUACUCCAGUGGCACAGAGCUUGGACCUGGGCAGCUCCGGCCCGUUUCGCAAACUGCCGUGACUUUGGUGGACCUGCGGCUGCUGGCCCUUGGCGAAUUCCCAGGUGCAGAUGGUCAGGAAGAGGCCUUGGCAGCUGCGGACCAGGACCGAUCGCAGAACGUCGAGCUCGCGGAAUUCCUGACGUUUGCAGGUUGGGAGGGGGCAGUCCUAUUCCUAAUGCUCGAGGAUCCAGGCUUUCUGAAAGGCCCCCGUAAGGCUUGGAUAUGGGGCCGGGGUCCAUGGCUGCGCAAGGAGGGGUAG